CAAAGCCGGCACCUUCUCCACCUCCUCGGGAGCGGGCGGGGCCAGGCGCGGUUGCUAGGAGACGGCGCCCGAGCGGCCUGGCAGCCUCAGCAGGAGCCGCGAAGAGGCGGUGGAGGCCAGGCCAGGCCAGGCCGGGCCGGCUCCUGCUUAGCCCCGGAGCCGGUUCCCCUCCUCCGGAAAGGACGCCCCGCUUCACCCCUCAUGCUGUGGGCGCCGCUGGGCGGGAGCGGCCGCGACGGGGCCCCCCAGGCAGAGACGCCGCCGCCGCUGAGCCGAGGGAGAGACGGGAAUGUUGGUAGCUGUCAUGUUAGACCGAAGUUUAGAGAUCCAAGAUAUCAUUUUGGCAUUUUAAGAAGUAUAAGAGACCAGCUUUAACUGAACACAUGGUUGGCUUUGUGUAUAUCUCAGAUCAAGCUCAGUCUAGUGGACGCAUCAAGAUGUAGUGUACAAAUUCUGGGCUACUUUGGCAGUAAGAGAAAUUUUGCAGGAUUUGGCCAGAAGGUGAACGUGAUGACGGCCUGGUCUAUGGUGGAAAGGCUGAAAAUGGAGAAGAGGCGCUCCCAAGAAGAGAGGACUACAGAACAAGAUGGCGGGGAUUGCAGUGCCGAAUCUGAGGAAUGGACAAGCUCCGAGAGUGAACUUGAGCAGCCUUGCUUCAGGGACAGCUGCAGCAACACACAGUGGGGGGAGAAAGAGAUUUCCCACAAACCACAUCGGCAACUUUGCCGCUCUCCUUGCUUGGAUCGCCCAAGUUUUUCACAGAGCAGCCUCCUUCAGGAUUUAAAAUUGGAAGAGAAUAAAACAAACUCGAAUAAAGAAUAUCAAGCUAAAACUGAUUUUGCUUUAAAACUGGGAUAUGCUGGAGAUCAGAUUCAAGCUGUGUUGAAUAAGCUUGGGACAGAUGCUCUUAUCAAUGACAUCUUAGCAGAGCUGGUGAGACUUGGCAACAAGACUGAGAAUGAAGGACCAGCCAGUACUGGAAGUGUCACUGGCCCCACUGGUACAAAGGAGACUGCCAGUCCUGAGCUGUCUCUAGAAGAUGAAGUGGUAGACAGCUCUGACAACUUGAGGCCAAUUGUCAUUGAUGGAAGUAAUGUGGCAAUGAGUCAUGGGAAUAAAGAAGGAUUUUCCUGUCGAGGGAUUCAGUUAGCUGUUGACUGGUUUCUGGAGAAAGGUCAUAAAGAUAUUACAGUAUUUGUACCUACGUGGAGGAAAGAGCAAUCUCGACCAGAUGCACCAAUUACAGAUCAAGAAAUUUUACACAAACUGGAGAAGGAAAAAAUUCUUGUUUUCACCCCAUCUCGGAGGGUUCAAGGGAGAAGGGUGGUCUGCUAUGAUGACCGUUUCAUAGUGAAACUGGCAUAUGACUCUGAUGGCAUCAUUGUGUCAAACGACAACUAUCGUGAUCUUCAAAAUGAAAAGCCAGAAUGGAAAAAAUUCAUAGAGGAACGGCUGCUGAUGUAUUCUUUUGUGAAUGACAAGUUUAUGCCACCGGAUGACCCCUUAGGGCGCCAUGGCCCUAGCCUUGAAAAUUUUUUAAGGAAGAAGCCUGUUAUUCCUGAACACAAAAAGCAACCGUGUCCUUACGGGAAGAAAUGCACCUAUGGACACAAAUGUAAAUAUUACCACCCGGAAAGAGCAAACCAGCCCUUAAGAUCUGUAGCAGACGAGCUUCGCAUCAGUGCCAAAUUAUCUGCUGUGAAAACAAUGAGUGAAGGCGCGUUGGCUAAAUGCGGAACAGGGGCAGCCCUUUCCAAAGGGGAAAUAACUUCAGAAGUGAAGCGCAUUGCUCCCAAGCGUCAGUCAGAUCCAAGCAUUCGGUCUGGUGCUGUGGAACCUGAAGAUAGACUUUCGAUGACACGGAAGCCUGAGGCAAAUUCUGUCCCUUCCCUCGUUUCAGCAUUAAGCGUCCCAACUAUCCCGCCUUCGAAAAGCCACGCUGUUGGGGCAUUAAAUACCCGUUCAGCAAGUAGCCCUGUACCUGGUUCAUCUCAAUUUACACAUCAGAAAUCCUCACUGGAACACAUGGCCAGUGUGCAAUAUCCUCCCAUCCUGGUCACCAACAGCCAUGGCACUUCAAUGAACUACACAGACCAGUAUCCAAAAUACGAGUCUUUGGGAGACCAUGGCUAUUAUUCCAUGCUGAGUGACUUCUCCAAUUUGAGUAUCAGCAGCAUGCAUAAUACAGAUUACUACGGGGCUGAUGUUGACCAAGGUAUUUACUCCAGAAAUUCAAGUCCCUGUCCAGACAAUUUCUUAAGCCAUACAAGCAAUGAUUCUUACUCCUCAUAUACAGACUUGUACCUGGGUCUAGGAGAUGCAAGCCCAGAAGACAAUGUGAAGGGUCAUCGACUCCCACCCCAAAACCGUCUUCAGGCUUUCUCCCAUGGUUUUCAUGAGUCCUUAGCAAGAGUUCAGAGCUAUGGCCCCGAAGGGUCUAAACAUCUUCCUCGCAAGCAUUCAGCUUCCCAGUUAGCACUGCAUGUUCAGCACCCAGUCAUUGGGGCACGUUCCAGUUGCCCAGGAGACUACCCUGUGCCUCCAAACAUUCACCCAUCAGCUGCUGCCCAGCCAAGCCGUGCCCUUGUCAUGACAAGAAUGGACAGCAUUUCUGACUCUCGACUUUAUGAAAGCAAUCCCACGCGACAGAAAAGGCCACCGCUCUGUCGAGAGCAGCAUGCUAGUUGGGACCCAUUGCCGUGUGCGACAGAUGCCUAUGCUUACCAUCCCUACUCACUGAGCAGCAACCUCAUGCAGCCGUCCUAUGAACCUGUCAUGGUGAGGAGCGUGCCUGAGAAGAUGGAGCAGCUCUGGCGGAAUCCUUGGGUUGGAGUCUGUGGCGAACCGCAAGAGCCACACAUCAUCCCAGAACAUCAGUAUCAAACGUAUAAGAAUCUCUGUAAUAUUUUCCCAGCUAGCAUUGUCCUCUCUGUGAUGGAGAAGAAUCCCCACAUGACAGAUGCCCAACAGUUGGCAGCUAUGAUUGUUGCCAAAUUGAGAACAGGGCGUUAAAAAGGAGCAUUCCUUUUGCAUUUCUAAAGAUAAUAAUUGAAAAUACAAACAUUCUGGAGGAGAUAUCUAAAAAUGACGAGAGAUAUUCUCUGCUUGUAAAUAGUUUCUGACUGCGGUAUACAAUUUUGUAUAUUGUUGUUGUGAUUAUAUUUAAAAUGUGUGAAGCGGUCUGAAAAAGGAGAUUGUAUUUAUAAAUAUGAGUAUUUAAAGUUUUUUAAAGCAGGGAUUUUUGAAAAGGCAUUUUACAGGAAGUGCAUACCUUAUGCAUGGAUGUAUCAUUUAUUGAAUCCAAAAGGUCAUAUGUUGGUAUGUCUAAAACAGGUCCUUCAAAACAGUUAGCAAUUAUAUUGCAUGAGUCAGUGUAUAGUCUUCAGUAUUAACUGACAUAUUGCUCCAAUAUAACAUUGGGCUUUUAAAAUAAGCUCUGUGCACUUGAACGUCCUCACUGGCAGAAGCCUGGCCUGCUCUUCUUACGCAUCCCUCUUCACAGACCUACAAUAAGACAAGCCCAGUCAGUUGACAUGCCUUGUUGCCCACAGAGGGCAUUUGCCUAUCUAGUGGUUCCAGCAUGAGGACACUAUUUGGGGGAGGCCCAGUUCUCUGGGCAAUCCACUUCAUGUGCAGUGAUGUCCUUUUGCACAUGAGGAGCAUUGCCUGGCCUUGAAGAGAAUGAGAUUGGAGGAUGGGAAACAGACAUUGGCUGCAUGAAGCUUAGUGACUACUUGUCUUUAGGAUAGCUUGAGCUCAUGCCCUUUGUGGGGAUAGGACCAUCAAUGUCAAAUGGAGUGCUUGCAAAUACAUAAUACCAUUCUCAGCUAAAUACUGCUGUGAGCUUUGCAGUUUUACAUGUUGCAAUUGGCAUUUCUGACCUUUUCAGUCCAGUCCAGAAAGCAGUAAAAGUUGUAGCAUCUGAGUUCUAAAUUCUGCUUUUCUGUUCUUGUGCUUUGACCAAACACAUACCAAGAACUUGUGCUGAAUGGAUGCCAAUGAACAAGUAAAAAAAUGAGUUUUGUUUUUGAAUCCCAAUUCAUUUUGAUUAGUGUGGGAAGGCAGGCUAGUUUUCAAAGGGAUGCAAUAGUAUUGGGUUUACUGCAAACUUGCUUCAGUUUUGCACUUUAAAAUCCAUGCAAAGGUGAACAUUUGCUUCCUGGAACUCUUUGUUUGACAGGCCAGAAUCAUCAUUCUGUGAGUGGCAAUGUUUGCACAAUUAGUAUUGUCUGCUCUGGGGUGGGCAACUUUGUAGCUAAAUGCCUACCACAAGGGGCAUUGAUGGUGGCGGCUCUUUUGUUUUCUAUUUUAAGGCUGCACUGACUGGACACCCUUUUUAAAUCCAAAUGUGUAUUUCAACAUUUUGAACCACUACUAACUCGAUAUGUCUCGAGCUAGGACUUGUUGACUUCUACUGUAGUUUUUUUUCAUGAAAGUUGAGAAGGCCUGGUUUUCUGGCCUUUUGUUUCUUCAUGAGAAGGUGUGACACUGCCUAAAUGUUUCUUACUAUGAAACACACGGAACGUGAGGCUGCAGUCAGGGUUGUUUCUGGUGUUUUGAUAACGGCUUGCAAGCUGCUUUUGGGUUAUUUGUUGAUCCCGGAUGGAAAACAACAGCAAAAGAAACCCCAAACUACUAGAUACUGUGUCCUCUACUUGAAUGAUUACACUGAUACCCAAAAUGGCUGAUGGCGACCCAUUGAUGUUUUCUGUCAAACAAGUACCCUUUGGGUAUUCUGAGGAGGGAUGCGCUUGCAUUAGGUUGGACAUCCUGCCGGCCAGGCAACGGUAGUAAUCCUGUCACAUGCUGAUCCAGUCUGUUUGCAGUGGCACUGGGCAGAGCAUAGCAGAACGGUGGCAAAAAGGAGGGGAACAAACCUGGCUGUGCAUCUGCUUGAAUACACAAGCGCUGAACCGAGACCGUUGGCGGGUGCUGUCUUGACACACCUUUCCGAAUGCAAGAAAGAAUGGCGGCAUGGAUUCCCCCACGAGGUCUGCUUUAUAAUCUCAAGGGAUUUGGAGGUCCUCUGCAUGUAGUAGGGUUGCUACUUCAUGAUAUCAUACUCCGUUUUCAAACAGUGUCAGCUUUAUUUCCAGGCAUUAAAAUGCCUGAGGGCCAAGUGACAAAAUCCACAUCAUUGUUGCUUUUUCCAAGUUGCCGCAGAAAGUUGUUGCUGGAGAGCUGGUGGCAAACUGGUGGUUUGUCAUCUUUACAGGUUGGAUUUCGGCACAUAGUUCAUUCAACCAUUAGUACAGGACGGCACACACCACCUUGACUUAUGUGAGCAGUUGUCCUGAGUGCCUGUCAUCCUAUCUCAUCUUUUAAAAAUGCACAGUGGAAAUGCAGAUCAGCCCUGCACCUUUAAUCUGGGUAUCAGCGCUAACCUUAAAAAUACGUGGCAUUUAAAUAUGAAAAACAUCUUUUAAAAAAAAUUGGUCAGCUUUGUGAGUCAGAAUGGGAUCCCUUUAUUGUGGUGUUACUUUAUCCUCCCUUGUGUGGUAUACAAGCAGCUGGGAGCAAUGCCUCAAAUAACCAGAAACGACCUUUUGUUUGUUGAUACAAAUUGUAUCUUUCUUGAUUGUAUAAAAAAAUGUACAAAAGCCAUCUCUAGAUUAGUUUAAAUACUGUAUUUUCACCACUAUGUUUGUGACACUGUGUGUCACAGGGGAGUAGCCCAUGGCAGAUUAUGAAUCUUUUUAUUUAAAAUGGGCACUUAACAAUUUAUAGAAAAAAACAAAGGCAACUUUUCAGAUCCACUUUAUUACUAUAAUGUGCACAGCUAGAGUGUACAUUUAAGAGCACUACGCUGCAUAAGUUAUAUUGUCUAUUUAUUAAAUGAAUGCAUUCCUCAAAUUUUUUGUAAAGCAUCAGUGUUAAUAAGGUUGAUGUUCAUAUUUAUACGGUUAUUGACAGUAAAGCUGCUGUACAUUCCGCUUUUGUUCUUAACAGAAUUACUAUCGUAUGAUUUAGGUUCAGUAUGGAAUUUUGUGCACUCACUUCUUGCAUGGAGUUCAGUUCCUGUAUGUAUAAAAAUGGGUGUUCUUCAUUUUAUUCCUAUUUUAAGGCAAACUCUUGCAGGGGAUUUUGGUUGAGUCUUUUCAUCUAACCUAACGCUGAGCCGAAAUUACUGCACAAGGUUUUAUUGGGGACUAAAAUAUUUAACUGUUUCUAUCAAUAAAAGUUCCUUUAUUUGUUUCGAUAUAGUUCUAUAUUGAAAAAAUUUCAAGUCUUUUUUGAAUGCUUGUUUGGGCAGAAAUAUGGCUGUGAACAUGAAACUGGUUUCCCAUAACAGUAGCCCAGCUUUUCCUAAAAAAUAGUUCCCAAAUCUUUCUGCUGUACAAGGAAGAAGUGGUGGAUGAAAUUUUUGAAGUAGUCUGCAAAUUUUUUGCCUGCCAAUUAUUUUUCUUCCAAGAAACGUUUAUAUAUAUAUAUUUCUGUUAUGUCUUGAUCCACUUCUCCUUUUUCUGUCCUCUUGGGAGACUUUUCCCACAUGAAUUCAAAACACUGACAUUUCACUGCCUUAAUCUCUUAACGCAGAAUUUCUUCUAAACAUAGAAGGGAUGGUAUAAAAACAAGUCAGUCACCUGCAUUGUAAACAUAAGACUUUGCUUAAAAAUGCUCUUUUUGAGAGCACAGUAUUUAAUUUUUUUAAAUUGUGUACCAAACAGCUACAGAAUGUAUAUAUAAAUAAAAAAUGUCCCAGUAUAGACCUAGAUAACAGUAAUCUCCUGCUUGUAAAAUAUUUUAAUUUUCUGUUAGUUUAUUAUUGGAGUGUGGUUAAUAUUGUUUGUUAGGCAACUGAGUUGUGUCUGAAAAAAUAUUUAAUAUUUGUAAAUAUUAAAUAUUUAGUGUAGUUUUUGCUUGUACACAUUUGACUACUGUUAGUCCUGUUGUACUAUCGAGGUACGGUAGUUUGCUUUUCUUUGUAGGAUUAAACUUAACUGUUUAAUUGUUGUAAAAAUGUAUAAAAUCUCUUUGGGUUUUUUUUGUUGACCCAAAUAUAAUGUAAGUCUCAAUGACAAAGAGUGUGGAUAGACUGUACAGCCAAUUGCCCUGACCUGCAAGAGCGACGCAAGCAGGGAAGCUGGCUUCCACAAGUGCUACAGGAGCAGGUGGCAAUCCAGCCCCCUCGAAGUUAGCUGGAUGUGCUGUUUGCUACAGAAGAGGAUGCUCCCACUCGCCACCCGGAGCCAGUGCAGCUGGAGCUCGGUCAGGGCCAGCAUGUGGUGUCUGUAAUCAGUGUAAUAGUUUGUGCAAAAUGCUUUUAUAUACAGCUGCAUGUUUCAGGCAUCCUCUGGCAUGGGCAUGGUUGUUACUUUUGUAAAAAAAGAAGUGUUUUUUAUAAACAAAAUGGCUGAAAUAAUCACCAAAGCAUCAGCUUUUAGGAGAUAGAAACCAUUUCCCCUUUAAAAUGUGAACAUUACUGCCUUUUCAUUCUUUGUGAUCUACAGCUGGCAGUGGCCUUAGUUGCAUGAAACACUAAGCCAAACCAGGGCUUAACAGGAGUGAGCAGCUGCAUGGGUACCCAGAGCGAACAACGGGUCUUUCUGCUUAGGUGCUGGUGUUGAAUGUGAAUCCGGGCUCUGUGGUUUGUCUUGCCCAAACAAACAGUGGUAAAGCAAGAACCUUGAUUUGUUGGGAGCACGACAAACCACAAGUCUGGGUCCACAUGUAACCCUAAGCCUAACUAUGGCUUAGCUGUGUGCAGUGUGGUAGCAGAACAAGGGGAGGAGUGAAUCAGCUGCAACUUUCACUGUAGGUAUCCAAACGCCUGCUUGUUUUUGCUAAGCCAUGGUUUGGCUCAUUAUUAAGUGUGAACUAGGCCUCUAAGGUGUAACUUUUCUAGCAACUCGUAGAUGUCUCUCUGUAAGACUUCACAAUGAUGUAUCUGAGUAACUCUCCACUGGGCCUGACCUCUGCUUUCUGGCAUCACUGAAAAAAAACGCAGACAUUUUGGCCCUGAAUUCUUUAAGAGUUGUGUCUGCCCUGCAGAGUGAGCCAAGACAGCAGCACCGAUCUGAACCCAUGCUUGGCGAGUUUACUUCAGAGAGGAGUCACUAGUGCCAAGUUACUCACUUGGAUAAGUAAUCUGUGAAGCGUUACUGUUUUGAACUGCUGCUUACAAGUAGUACAUGUAAAGGACCGCUGGAUGUUUUAGUUCAGAGCAUUAAAAAAAUAUUUUGUUAAGAGGUCUUGCCAAAAAGUGCAGUCAACAUAGCGCUGCUACUGAGUAGCCAUGUUAGUAUAGCUUUGGCAAGAGCCUUACACGAAGGCCACUUAAACAAGUGGAUAUUCAGCAGCAGAACUGGUUGGCUCACACCUAGUUAGUGUGUGUGUGACACUUAGAGAAUCUUUUAAUUUUCUCUGACGGCUGCAACUUACACAUGCAUGUAUGCUGUCAUUUCAUGCUGAAAGAAUGUAAGUGCCCAUUCACUUACAGUCACUCCCAGCUUGCUUGGAUUUUGAACUUGCAAUUUCUGGUGAGUAAUGCAGGCAACAAAGUCUGUCUAAAUGCAUUUCAAAAGUUGUUAUGGGGGAGGGAUCAAUAUGUUUUUUGCACCCCCACCCCCCAAUUAACAUGUUUUGUGUAAUGUUUUGUAGCCAGGCAUGUAUAUAAACGUAUUCAAUAAACUGAGUCAUU